AUGACACCUGCGCUACUACUACCCACUAUCAACCCUUGGUCCGUACUCUGCUUCAUCCUCCCUGCUGUGCUACUCCCCGCUACAUCCUCCCUGCUGUGCUACUCCCCGCUGCAUCCUCCCUGCUGUGCUACUCCCCACUACAUCCUCCCUGCUGUGCUACUCCCCGCUACAUCCUCCCUGCUGUGCUACUCCCCGCUGCAUCCUCCCUGCUGUGCUACUCCCCGCUGCAUCCUCCCUGCUGUGCUAUUAUUUCUUAACCCCGCCCCCUUGAUGUCAAUCCUUGCUCCCCCCUCAUGUUGUUACUACUGUGCUCCCCUCCCGGCUGUUACUCCUGCGCACCUCUCCUUGCUGAUAAUCCUCUCCUCCCUUCCCGGCCGUGGUUCCUCUCCUCCCUUCCCUGCUGUGUUCGUCUCCUCCCUUCCCUGCUGUGGUUACCCUGCUCCCCUCCCUGCUGUGGUUCCUCUCCUCCCUUCCCUGCUGUGGUUCCUCUGCUCCCCUCCCUGCUGUGGUUCAUCUCCUCCCUUCCCUUCUGUGGUUCCCAUGCUCCCCUCCCUUCUAUGGUUCCUCUCCUCCCUUCCCUGCUGUGGUUCCCCUGCUCCUCUCCCUGCUGUGGUUCCUCUCCUCCCCUCCCUGCUGUGGUUCCCCUGCUCCCCUCCCUGCUGUGACUCCUCUCCUCCCUUCCCUGCUGUGGUUCACCUGCUCCCUUCCCUGCUGUGGUUCCUCUCCUCCCUUCCCUGCUGUGGUUACCCUGCUCCCUUCCCUGCUGUGGUUCCUCUCCUACCUUCCCUGCUGUGGUUCCUCUGCUCCCCUCCCUGCUGUGGUUCCUCUCUUCCCUUCCCUGCUGUGGUUCCCAUGCUCCCUUCCCUGCUAUGGUUCCUCUCCUCCCUUCCCUGCUGUGGUUACCCUGCUCCCCUCCCUGCUGUGAUUCCUCUCCUCCCUUCCCUGCUGCGGUUCCUCUGGUCCCCUCCCUGCUGUGGUUCCUCUCCUCCCUUCCCUGCUGUGGUUCCCCUGCUCCCCUCCCUGCUGUGGUUCCUCUCCUCCCUUCCCUGCUGCGGUUCCUCUGCUCCCCUCCCUGCUGUGGUUCCUCUCCUCCCUUCCCUGCUGUGGUUCCCCUGCUCCCCUCCCUGCUGUGGUUCCUCUCCUCCCCUCCCUGCUGUGGUUCCCCUGCUCCCCUCCCUGCUGUGGUUCCUCUCCUCCCUUCCCUGCUGUGGUUCCUCUCCUCCCCUCCCUGCUGUGGUUCCCCUGUCCCCACAUCUGCUCUUACUCCAAGCUCGGAGCACUGCAAUUCCACCAUUCAUCUCCUCUAGACGUGCACUGACGCCACCCUCCUUGUCGGAUGGCGGGGUUGUGGUCUUGGCCUAUACUCCUCGAACCCCGACUCAUGGACGAACAAGCCAAAAUUCCCCCACUUAA